AUGGAGUCAACUCAAACUCCACUAUCUAAAUUGGAACCUGAACAAAACACCACAAAAUCCAACUUGAAAAAGCAAGAACUGCAAUCAAGAGCAACUCUAGGAUAUUUUACAAUAACAACUUAUCAGUCGAAGCUAAACUUAUAUUUGCUAAUAAGACCUCUUAUUACAUAUGCAGCCCCGACGCUGUGGAAUAUGGGCCCCACAGUGAUGGAAAAAUAUCGUAGACUAGAGAGAUCUGCGCUCAGAUCAUGCAUCCGAAAAUAUAGAAAAGCUGAAACAAACUACCGAGAAAGAAUCAGCAAUGCGAACAUCUACAACAUGGCUAAUUUAACCAGCUUUUCUGAUUUUUUUGCUUAUAGAAGACAAUAA